AUGAGAUCAAUCGCACCAAGUAAGAAAGGAUACACAAUGCCAGAAGUCAAAGUUCGGUUUCCGCCAGAAAUUACACCGAUGAAUCUCAUUGAGAAAGCCAUUGCAAAAUUAAAAACCAGCGGACAAACAUCACGAAUCCCCAAUGCGUUCAUUGCCUACCGCAUGGCAUUUUGCAAGGAACUUCACUUUAUUAAACAUCCGGUAGUAACACAGCCACAACUAUCGGCAUUGGUCAAACAAUCAUGGCUCAAAGAAGAAGAACAUGUUCGACGAGAGUAUCAACGCAUUGCAAAGGAGGCCAAAGACUUGUACAUACAAGUUUGUCACGAACAAAGUCCACUUUUUGUCACAAGUGAAUAUCAAAAUACUUUUUCAAUUGAUGACGAAGAUUUUUCUUCCAACACGAAGAAUGAUUCGGGCGCAUUAGAAUUUGUGUUUUCGAAUUCAAGUAGUUUGAAUGACUCCACCAAUUUUGAACUUUUUAAUGAAUUACAAGAAAACGUCUCUGCAUCCACUACUCCAAACCUUACAAACAUAUUCAAUACUGAUUCCCCGAUAUUAAAAAAUGACAAUUACUUUCCCGUAGAUAUUGUAGACAUUGUAGAAGCGUGCAUAGAUCAUAUACCUACCUUAACAAACUUAAAUGAUGCGACGCUUACCGCAUUUGAACGAGGCGAGUUCAAAAUGUAUCUGUAUGGUUGA